UCUAAUAGCAGAGUGGAGAGAAAGUGAGCGGGUGACAGUCAAAGGAGAGCUAAACAGCCUGAUAGGGAGGAAGCCAGUGAGUUAAAGAAGCAAAGGAUGGGGUUAAAGUAGGAAACAGGAGAGAAAGAGGAAGAAGAGUUCAUCCUGGCAUGACUGUGAACUAGAAUAUCACAGCUGACUGGGGAGGAGAGCAAGCAAGAAACGUUCCCAAUGAUGGCGAGCCUUCCCAAGGAGCCGCGGGAAGAUCCCAAGAACCAGAGCUUCUGGAUGCCGGGGAAUUAUGUGCGUACAGUGCACCGAACUGAACAGUCCUUCCAGGCAUGCAAUGACAUUGUGGCCUGCUUCAUGGAGAGAGCAAAGGUAGAAAAACAGUACGCCCAGCAGCUCAGCCAGUGGAGCAGCAAGUGGAAGUCCAUAGUGGAUUCACGGCCACUUUAUGGCUCCCUCAUGAGGGCGUGGCAAUGUUUCUUCACCUCCACUGAGCGCUUGUCCGCCCUCCACUCCUCCAUCUCACAGUCACUGGUCGCAGAGGAGGGGGACCGGGUGAAGACGUGGCAGAAGGAGACCUUUCCGAAAAAAAUCUUCUGUGGGUUCAGGGAGAGCUAUGACAACAGCACAAGUUUUUCACGUGCGCAGAAACCCUGGUCCAAAAAGUUGAUAAAGCUGGAGAAGGUCCGAGUAGCAUAUCACAAGUGCUGUCAGAAAGAGCAAACAGCCCUUGAGAAAGAGAAACAAGCAAACGAAAACUCUGAGAUGAGUCCAGAGAAAAAGCAGAAAUUCACAGAUGCCAGAGAGAAGGCCACGGAGGCGAAAGAAAAGAGCAGAGAGCAAUACGAGAAAGUGCUGGAGGAUGUGACGUCCUACACGCCUCGGUACAUGGAGGAGAUGGAAGCCAUUUUUGAACAGUCGCAGGAGGAGGAGAGGAAGAGGGUCAGCUUUCUGAAGCAGGCCUUCCUCUCCAUCCACAGACAUCUUGACAUCACCAACAAUGAGAGUGUGAAGGCAGUGUACAGUGAGCUCCACCACACUCUGAUGUCCAUCAGUGAGCAAGAUGAUGUCAAAUGGUGGAAGAACAACCACGGUCCUGGUAUGCCCACCGACUGGCCAAAGAUUGAGGAGUGGGUCCCACCUGUAAAAAAGCUAAAUAGAAAGAAGAGAGACCAGAAAAGAAAAGAGCGCCGACCUGUGAUGAUUGGGGGUGUGAAGGUGCGAGCUCUGUACGACUACGUGGGAGAGGAGGGUGAUGAGCUGUCCUUUAAAGCAGGUGAAGUGUUCCUGAAGGUGGAGGAGGAGGACGACCAGGGUUGGUGUCGAGGAGUUCUGAGCGGAGGGAAAGAGGGCUUCUACCCAGCAAAUUAUGUUGAAGUUGCCGAGUGACGUCACGCUGUCUAAUAUGCUAUGUCCUAAACUUAUUUCUCACAAAGAGUUAGUUUUCAGAUCUUCUAAGAAUAACAUUUAUUAUUAUUGUAUGUUGUCACAUUGAUUCUUGAGUUAAUAUCAGCCAUUUUUGAAAUGUAAAACUUGUUGAGGCCUUAAUAUUCUAACCUACUUGGUUUGAGUACUUCUGCAAUAUGAAUUAACUUAAGACUAGAAUGUAUUGUAUGUUUUUUCAUGAGCUGUACGUGUGUAUGUGUGUACGUGUGUCUGCAUGCAUGUGUGCACGUUAAGACAAAACAAAGGAGAACAAGAGAGGAUAUUUAUUUUCUGCCAUUAACGUCUGAGUCACUAGGUCACAGUAAUGAAGAUAGCUGAUAAAGAUACAUGAGGUUUACCCAGGCACAGGUUUACAAUGAUGUGUGCACGCAAGGUUAAUGUUUACUUAAUAAGUAUUACAGUAUGUAGAAGUACACAAACAUUACUUUGACUGAGGGAAUGGAUUUCCAAAAUAAAAGUAUAAUUGUUUUGCCUCUGA